AUGGUAGAGACCAUCGCCAAAUUUGCACUGGAGGAUGCGACUUUCAAGAAGACCGCCAUCGACAUUAUUUCCAACACCUACGAGAAGUCCCGCAAUCAACUAGGUGCUAGAGACUGGAAAAACGACUUCUACGACGACGAGGGAUGGUGGGCAAUGGGUUGGAUCGGCGCCUACGACCUCACUGGCGACGCGAAGUACCUCAACACCGCCAAAGAUAUCUUCGAGGAUAUGACCACAGGCUGGAACACCCCAUGCAACGGUGGCAUAUGGUGGGACAAAAAGCACGUGAGCAUCGCCUCGAUCUCCAACGAACUCUUCCUCGUCGUUGGCGCCUCUCUCGCCAACCGCGUCUCCGCCUCCGACCGAGACCACUACCUCAACUGGGCGCAAAUGGAAUGGGAUUGGUUUUACAACUCAGGCGUCAUCAAUGACGACGGCCUAGUCAACGACGGCAUCGACCAAACAUCCUGCAAGAACGACGGCAAAACUACUUUCACAUACAACCAAGGCGUCAUCCUUGCUGGCCUCAGUGAGCUCUCUCGCGCCCGCGGAGAUGGCGGAUACAUCGGGCACGCAUACAACAUCGCCAAUGCAGCCAUCAAUCAGUUGACCAAAAACGGUAUCCUGACAGAACCCGUGGGCGGCGAGCUUGACAAGCAAGGCGCGCAAUUCAAGGGCGUGUUUGUGCGCGGCUUAUCGACGCUGAACGAGAACAAGCGCGAUGAGAACUUCACAGGAUUCUUACUGAGAAACGCGGAGAGUGCGUGGGUCCAGGAGAAGCUUGAUGGAGGCGUUAUCCCGGAUAGGUGGCAGGGUGGUAGCAAGAGCUCGAAUGCGGCGAGUCAUGCAGCAGGCAUUGAUGUGCUGGUUGCCGCUGCGACGGCGUAG